AUGAUCUCGCAGCAACCUCGCCGAGAGAGAGCUCUCAGUGACAGAGCUCAAGCAAUGCCCGCUGCAGCUUCACGACCAGCCAUGGGCAGUCGAACUUCUUCAGCUCCGCCGGGGGCCCUUUAUAAACUCGAUGCGGCGCGGAAGCCAGGAACGGGGACGACAGCCGAGCACACAUUGCUGGAAGAGGAUGAGGAGUCUCCAAUUACGGGCGAGGCGAUUAAGCGCACAGGACUCCGUCAAAAGGAGGAGGAAACUCCCAAGAGCGGCUUCCCCGAAGUGACCAUUGCAGUGGCUGGCGAAGAAAAUGCCGGCAAGACCAGCUUUGUGAAAUGUGCCCUAGAUAUGAAGAACCCGCCUGUCUCCCCUAUGAACAAGAAGAAAAUGUCAUUGAACGGAUCGGUAUACAUUGUGCAUCUGAUGGAAGUCGACUUGACCCAGGUUCAAUUCGAUCAGGACAAGAGGAUCAUCUGGCCGCGUACAGGGCGCGACAAAUAUGCGCCGGUCAUUGACGCGGUUCUGGUUCUGCAUGAUGCCACCAAGCCGGAUCGACUAUCUUUAACAACGAACCUCAUUGACUCGUUGGCUGCCUCGGAUCUUCCUUUCUUGCAAGUUGCCUGCAAAUGCGAUGUCAACCCUGAACCUGUGGAAGACAGCGAAGUGGAUGUGAUCCAUGAUCGAUACGAGAUCUAUCGAACGUCAUUUUCCUGGCCUCGAUCUCAACGCAUGUGUAUAGCGUUAGUUUUGGGGGCAGUGAUUUCCACUCGAGAAGGUGAGCCAAUUUUUUUCUCAUUUCUGUCUUUAUUUCUAGACAAAAUCAUUGAAGUUCAAUGUUGUGCCUUGACCCCCCAAGCGGAAACGGGCCAAGAUCUCUCCAAUAAUUCUAAUAUUUCUCUUGCUUCGGUCAAAUCUUCACUCGAUUGGCAGCAUACCCGUUCCAACUCGGAAAACCCCUCAGCCGUGUCCAUAGCCGCCGGCGGCCCACAAACGGCCUCAGAUCAAUGUGUCGAUGGGGAUGGUGAGAACCGUCUCCCAACCGAUGGAAACCACUUGCAGCAUACGUCCAAUCCUCACCGUUAUGCUCGCAGUAACUCGCAACCGGUGCGACCGCAAACUCCGCCAUCUGGAGCGCGUUUAAAUACCCGCAGACCGUCAGCACAAGAACUAAAUUCUCCUAACCACGAGAACCGCCAGCAACGAUUGCAUACCGCCUGGCGACACAGUGGAGGAUCAGACGCUUUCAACAGUUUCUUAAACAUGGACGACGAGGGAGACGAUGGGCAGAGCCGGCCCGCGAGCCCUGGCGCACAACUGCGCCCGAAACCGAGCAGCGAGAGCAACUCGAGUGCAGAGACGGGUCUAUCGUUUGAUGAACUAGUCGAUCGUUUGAUUUCCCUGCCGAUGUCGAAACAAGACCAAAAGUUCCGUUCUACAUUCCUAUGCCUGUACCGAAAGUUUGCUGCUCCCGCAAGUCUCUUGACUGCGUUGAUAAGCCGAUUCGAGCGAAAUGAGUUGGGCAACGACGACCAGCUGGCCCGCAUGGCGGACCAGCUGCGAUUACUCGAUGUCAUGGCUCAAUGGGCCUCGGACUAUCCUGGAGAUUUUGCUCAUCCCAAACUUCGCAAACGGAUCAUUGAAUUUGUCGCUGUACUCGAAAAAAGUCAUUUCUACAUGUUCGCUGCCAAGGAGAUCGGGUCGCAAUUAGACUCGAACGCAGAAGACGAUGAUGUUGGCUGGGCGUACGGGGGUGACAGUGAUUCCGAUGAGCCACAACUGGUUGAGACAUUCUUCGACAACUCCGGCCGAAGUUCUCCAGCAGCGGCUUUCACUGGCGCUAGCUCUGCCACUAACACUUACGACACCGAAGAAGAACAAGAUCCCAUCUACAGUAUGAGUGCGCUGGAUCUCAGUAGUGGGCCGCAUGACUCGACCUCACGGCUUUCAGUCUCUUCGACUACCGACAAAUCUAACAACAUCACCAGCCAGUCAUUCACAUUGUUGAACCUCGAUGCGGCCCAAAAAGAGGCUUUGCGUCUUGAAUUAACACAUAAAACUUCACUUGGAAAACUCCAGUGGCGGCUGUUCAUGGACACCCCAGAUGAGGAGUUCGCACGAGAACUGACGCGGGUCGACUGGAUCAUGUACAACUCAUUCCGGCCGCGUGAUCUUGUGCGUCAUGUCAGCCUCUCGGGCAUAGACAAGGAUAAGAUCAAGAGCUUGACGAACGUUAAUCGGAUGAUCAAGCAAUUCAAUCAUCUGGCCUUCUUCGUAGCCAGCUUGAUUCUCUUGCGCGAUAAGCCUAAGCAUAGAGCGCAGGCGCUAGAGAAGUUCAUGAACAUCGCAGUGAAACUCCGACGCCAAAACAACUACAACUCCCUGGGUGCUGUGAUCGCCGCCAUCAACGGCACCCCAGUCCACCGCCUCACGCAAACUCGAGACCUGAUCCCCAUCCCAACCCAGAAAGAGUUUAUGCGUCUGGUCAUCCUCAUGAGCACCCAACGAAGCCACUUUGCCUACCGCCUCGCCUGGGAGAAUUCGUUCUCAGAGCGAAUCCCAUUCCUACCUCUCCAUCGUCGGGACCUUGUCUCCGCCGAAGAAGGCAACAGGACAUUCGUCGGCGAGAACAAAUCUCGCAUCAACUGGAAGAAAUUUGAGGUCAUGGGUGAGGUUGUUCUCGGCAUUCAACGAAGCCAGAAGACUCCUCAUCCCCAGGCUCAGAAAUUCGACGAUGUCGAGCGACUGAUCCUGGACUCGAAGCUCUCUGGAGACGAAGAGGUAAGGUCUUUAUCAUCGUGA